GUUGUUUUAUGAUCUUCAUUGGAAAUAUUUUGUAAGUACAAUAUUCUGAAACACAGAGGAGUAAUCAUUGCUUGAUAAGGUAAAAAUACUUAAUCCAAAUGACUGAUUGAAGCAAUAAUGGUGAUAUUUGAUAUAAUGUAUAAUGUUAGAAUUUCAUUUUUCCACAGAUAUUUGUCUGUGGCAUGCAUAUGUUUCUGCUUAGUUUCAGUUUAAAGGUUACAUGAGGUGAAUAAAUCUUAAUCAUUUUAAGUAAGGGAACUCGGUAUAAAUGAUUACUUCAUGGUACAGUGAUGUUACAAAGUCGACUAAAUUCAUGUUCAGGAAGUUUAUGGUAGGAAUGCUGAAGGAUAAGGAGUGGUUAGGGAAUCUAGCAAUAAAAAAAUUGCCAUCUUUUGCCAAAAUUGUUCAUUUUCAUCUUAAUUGCAGCAUUGUUAACAUUUAACAUGAAGUAUUUAUCACUGACAAUUACAUUGAGCUCACUUAGCCAAGUCUAUUUCAAUUUAAUAUUUCCUCUAUAUGGUGCAUCACUGCUGCAGAGCUCUGCAGGAAUGUUUUGAGAAAAUUAGGACAACCCUUUUAAAUGGUCUCAUCCAAUCAGCUGCAUGUAGAUGGAAAGUUCCAAGAAGUAGCAGUGCAGAAGGUUUAUCAGGGGUGUACAGUCCACUGUGUCAUGUGUUAUCUAAAGAGCUUCGCUACAUUCGGCUGGAUCAAGUGUCUCGUCUUUAUCACUGGAAGUAUUGUUAGCAUAAAAACAAGACUUCAUUGCAUUCACCUUGGUGUGGCAUUUAAUCUUUUCAUUGUUUUGAGAGACAGUCAAACAGUCCUCAAGAUGUACAAAGCCGAGGGAAAGGGAGGAUUCUGAGUCACUCAUAUCAAACUUCUGCAUCACAAGACUGUGUGCCUGUUGAGGACCACCAAUUAUCCAGAAUCACCAUGGCUAGUGUUCCUAAACAGUGGGUGAUGAAACCUUUGACACCUAAAUUAGAGAAGUCUGACUUCCGGACCUUGUUGAGCCCUGGCAGUGAGCAAUAUUCCUUAGAGAAGAGCUGGAAUCUCAGCCAGAAUGGGGAUUCCCAUUCAUUCAACUUUGAUAACAUCUCAGUGUCCCAGUACUCUGAGAGAGUUAUGAAUGGAGAGGGUUUUGGGGAUGUUGUCCGUGCCAGGCAAGUGGCUUUUUCUGAAGGCAGCAGUACCAGUGAGGACUGGCGGCCUAGUACCCCUAACAGCCCUGGUUCUGCAAGCAGUAUUGACUCCCAUGUGGGUUUCUACUCCUUUGUAGAUGACCCAACAAGCCCAGAAGCUGAGAUGAAUGAGGUUUACAUGGUCUCACCUAAGAGACAGGCCAAACUAUCAACUCUAAAAGAAAAGAGCAGGUUUAAGCUGCAGACUUACAUGGAGGAGAGAAGACCUGAGAAGCUGUUCCAAGAGACUAAUGGCAAUAACCGAUACCAUGUUGUUGACAUAUCAGGAAAGGACAAUGAUGAAGAGAGGCCAGAUCGAAUGGCGAUCAUCCGGAGUCAGGCACCUAAAAGGAGCACUGUCUUCAAAGAGGAGUGGAGUGCCUUGGAGAGCCUGGAUCUUACUAACUCCCCCCAGCGUCUGGUUGAGGGAUUUAGUCUGUGCUAUAGCCCUGUGAGCACAAAACCCCUGCAGUCUGAAGCAGAGCCUGGCACCAUUGACAACCAGCAGAUUGACUUCAAUGCAGCACGUAAACAGUUCCAAAUGAUGGAGCGCACAAAGCAAAACCCCUUCUGGAAGAGUUCUCAACAAGCGACACUUUCUCCACAACUACGGGAACGAUCAUUGUCUGCAGGAGCUAAACUAUUCACAAAGGAUGUUAGCAAAACUGAGACCCUAAAGGAUGACUCUGGGAAGAGACAAGAGUACGAGGCAAUCAAAGAGGAUCUAGAAGCUAGGAUUCAAACUAGCUUGAUAGAUAAAGUAGACUUGGGACUUGACAACCAAGAUGUGGGCUCCACAAGUGUUGGACAUUUAUCCACUGAACCUUCCAUGUUAGACAACACGUCUGUGGCUAGCAUGAGUGAAACACCCAUUGAGCGAGAGAUCCGAAUAGCUCAGGAACGAGAGCAAGACCUCAGGCGUUCACGAGGCAUAUUUUUCCCAGACACAUCAGAGAUGGUUGAGAUCAAGACCAAACCUAUUCUGUCCCUACCAACACCACAAAUAAAGCCUAUCAAAGCAAAAGAGUCCAACAGAAUGAGCUUACUCAUUCAACGUGAGAUAGAAAGGGUUAAUCAGAACCCAGGCCUUUAUGACAGAGGAAGUCUACAUAAUCAAGGUGAGAGGAAGAGAACUUUUGGGUCUCUAUCAGACCAACUAGACAUUAUACCUUCGAGCACAAGCCCAAGCAUAAAUCCCAUGGGCAGAUCUAUUAUUACAGAGGACACAUCAAUUACAGAGAACCCUGUGCAGGUAGAACAAAGGGAGGUAUUUGACUCCAAGGAGUCUCUCUCACCCUGCUGCCCUCAUCGACACCCAGAUGAUACAGUGAUUUGGAGGGAAAGUAUCGGAAAAAUUCCAGACAGAACAUUUGGAACGAGUCCAUACACCAAGGAGUGGGCUGAAAAAGAAAACUCUAAAACCAAAACUGCAAACCAACCAUUUUGGAUGGCAGAUUAUAAGCCAAAAGAGUCACGGAGAACCUUUACCACAACGUAUCCUCUUUCCUUUCCAUCUGAACCUCUAAGUAGCAGCAGAUCUACAGGAGCUUGGAGAUCUCUUUCUGAGAGCUCAAAUGAGUGGCCCCGCAUGCUAAACGCCCCAGAUAUAAUCCGCAAAGAGAUUGAAGAGAGCCUCAGACGAGAGCAGGAGCUUCAAGAACUACGAGAAACAAGCAAUCUCUCAGGUGCCUCAGAACCCCCAUUGCCAUCUUCUAUCACCUCAGAUGAGGUGUCUGGGCAAAACAAUAAUGACAAAACUCCAAUAAACAGUUCUUAUGACAAUUUAGUGGUGGUAGAAGCUGUCCUACCACAAAAAUCUACACAGAGGACCAGUUACAGUUCCUCCAAUUCCUGGAAUGUGGAUCCCACCCCUGUGACCUGUACAUCAGUGCCAGGCCCCCGUUCAAGACUUUCCUCUAUCAUGACAGCCCAACCGUGGACUGGUCCCAAGCACACAACCCCUGCGGUCCAUAAGGCAGUUCCUGCUCUACCUUCUAGUCCAUUAACUGAAACCUCCUCCCACAGGGGUCUGACAAAGACAUUGCUGGAUGACUUUGAAGAAAGACGAGUCAGACUGAAGCUUGAGGAGAGCUCUUAUGCUGGAAUUCAGCCUGUUGAUGAAAUUAACAACGAGGUUGUAGAAGUCACUCGUGUAACACGGCACAAAAACACAAGGGCUCUGCGGUGGGAAGCUGGUGUAUAUGCCAAUGAAGAGGACAACUGAGUCUGGACAUGCUGUGCGAGUGGAAAAUAUGCAGUCUUAAUACUAAUGCUAGUAGCAAUGAUCUCCAGACUUGAUUAACUGGACAGGCUGGAUUUAACUGACACCUUGUACUUACGGAGGCACCACCCUUUGGUGGCUCUUAACUAUAGAGGUAACAUGAAUUCUCAAGGCCAUCAGGAGAUACAGCAAACUAUGUCAUGGUACGGAUCGUGACUAAUGAGCAAUGGCCAUUAUUUCAUGAUUUGAGUGUUCUUGGGUGGAAACAUGGUUUCUUUCUCAAUGACAGAACUUAUUUUUACUGAAUAUCUGACAGUCAUUGCCUGAUCAUUGCCUGAUGUUGGUCAGAGUGGUAUAAAAUACCCCAGUUUGAAGAUACUUGCCAAUAAAUGUCAACUAAUUCUUCAGUAUUACCAGCAAAUAUAUAUAUAUAUAUGAAAACAACAAAAUCUCUAACAGCUGUCUGUAUUUUAAAAUAGUCAUGUUAUAUAUAUUUUUUUAAUUAUAAGGAAAUUGCACUGAUUUUAUUUGUAAGUUUUAGUACAAAAUCAUGCUUCUUUUUUGUAAAUUUCCUUUGUGAUCAGAAGUGUUUCUUACUUGCAAACAGAAAUCCUGGUUUUUAAGUACCACAUAUGUCUGAUUAAUGCAAUAUUAAUAACAGCAAUCCAAAAAAUGAAAAAAAAAAAAAAAAAUAGGAAG